GGACGGGGGUCUAGUUUCACGGGAGGGGGGAGAGGGGGUCUUAUACGUCCAGUUAAGUUAGACACAGAGAGCCCCCACACGGAGAGCCCCCCACACUACCGCCUCAGCGUCCACAGCAGCCGUACCUGUUGCCUCCUUGCUCUGUAGUCCCCUGGGAGUGUGAUCCGGACCUCCGCCGCCAUGCCGAAAGUACUCCUUCCCGGUGGUCAGCAGAAGACCGACGACAAGAUGCGGGCCUUCGCAGAACAGGUCUUUGCCUCGGACGCCAGGGACGAGAACGUGAGGGACGAGAUCUCCAUGUUCGACAUCGCCGACGACUGUCCCAUCCUGCACCAGGAGCAGGCCAUGCACCUGGACCGGGACGAGGACGAGGAGAAGCGUAAGAAGAGGCGCCAGCGGUGCCGCACCAUGGGGGUCCCGGUGGCCUGCUCCUCCCUCUCCUCCGUGGCCCCGGUGGUGGAGGUGGAGGUGGAGACCCCCACCUACCUGGAGGUGCCCGACUUCCAGAGGGUGGCCAUCAUCGGGGACUACGCCUCCGGGGUGACCAUGGACGACUUCGAGCUGUCCUGCAAGGGCCUGUACCGCGCCAUGAACAUCAGGGAGAAGUACAUGAGGCUGGCCUUCCAGCGUUUCCCCAACAUCACCUCCCAGUACCUGAGGGAGAUGGAGGGCGAGCCCUUCCGUCCUGAGGACCAGGUCCAGCCCGUCUUCACCUCCCCUCCCAAGAAGGGCGAGGACCCCUUCGACGUGAACGCUCUGCCCAAGAACCUGGGCUACGUGGCGCGCAUGAAGGACGGCGUGAUCUACGUGUACGACGACCAGGCGGCGGCCGACAAGGGCCAGCCGCGCGCCCUGCCCUGCACCGACUACGACACCUUCAUCGACGACAUGAACUUCCUCAUCGCCCUGAUCGCCCAAGGCCCCACAAAGACCUACACUCACCGUCGGCUGAAGUUCCUCAUGUCCAAGUUCAACGUCCACGAGAUGCUGAACGAGAUGGAGGAGCUGAAGGAGCUGAAGAACAACCCGCACAGGGACUUCUACAACUGUAGGAAGGUGGACACCCACAUCCACGCGGCGGCCUGCAUGAACCAGAAGCACCUGCUGCGCUUCAUCAAGCACUCGUACCGCGUGGACGCCGAGCGCGUGGUGCGGCAGGUGGACGGGAAGGACGUGACCCUGAAGGAGCUGUUCCAGGGGCUGAACCUGCACCCCUACGACCUCACCGUGGACUCCCUGGACGUCCACGCCGGAAGACAAACGUUCCAGCGCUUCGACAAGUUCAACGCCAAGUACAACCCGGUGGGCGCCAGCGAGCUGCGCGACCUGUACAUGAAGACGGAGAACCACCUGGACGGGGAGUACUUUGCCACCAUCAUCAAGGAAGUAGCCAGCGACCUGGAGGAUGCCAAGUACCAGUACGCAGAGCCCCGCCUCUCCAUCUACGGCUGCAACCCCAGCGAGUGGACCAAGCUGUCGGGCUGGUUCGUCAGACACAAGGUCUUCUCGCCCCAGUUCAAGUGGAUGAUCCAGGUGCCCCGGAUCUACGACGUCUUCAAGGGCCGGAACUUUGUUCCCCACUUCGGUAAGAUGCUGGAGAACAUCUUCCUGCCUGUGUUCCAGGCCACCAUCGACCCGCACUCCAACCCCGACCUCAGCCUCUUCCUCCAGCACGUGACGGGCUUCGACAGCGUGGACGAUGAGUCCAAGCACAGCGGCCACAUGUUCUGCACCAAGAGCCCCAAGCCCGAGGAGUGGGACAUCGCCAAGAACCCGUCCUACACCUACUACAUCUACUACAUGUACGCCAACAUCGCCAUGCUCAACCAGCUGCGCCGGGAGCGGGGGAUGAACACGUUCCUGUUCCGCCCUCACUGCGGAGAGGCGGGAGCUGUCACUCAUCUCCUGGCCGCCUUCAUGACCGCCGACAACAUCGCCCACGGCCUGAACCUCAAGAAGAGCCCCGUGCUGCAGUACCUGUACUUCCUGGGCCAGAUCCCCGUGGCCAUGUCCCCCCUCAGCAACAACAGCCUGUUCCUGGAGUACGCCAAGAACCCCCUGCUGGAGUUCCACAAGAAGGGCCUGGUGGUGUCCCUGUCCACCGACGACCCCAUGCAGUUCCACUACACCAAGGAGCCCCUGAUGGAGGAGUACGCCAUCGCCGCACAGGUCUUCAAACUGAGCACGUGCGACAUGUGUGAGAUCUCCCGGAGCAGCGUGCUGCAGAGCGCCCUGUCGGACGAGGAGAAGACCCACUUCCUGGGGGAGCACUACCUGAAGGAAGGCCCCGAGGGCAACGACAUCCGCAAGACCAACGUGGCUCAGAUCCGUAUGGCGUACCGCUAUGAGACGCUCUGCUACGAGCUCAACCUCAUCAAGGAGGGCGUCAAGGCCGAGUGAACACAGCACUGUUAAGGCAGUGCCACACCGCAACACCGCACCACAACAAACUCCAACCAGCAUCCUCGGAGGAGGAGGAGGAUGCUGGUUGGAGUUUGUUCGGUUUGUUCUGGAGUUCGAUUAUAAUUUAAACCAACCAAAGCAUGCAAUAGGAUAUGGAAACACAAUGUGAAAAAGGUAACAAUAAAAAUAAUAAACCAAAGAA